CCCGAAUUAGCGGCGAGAGGAGUGCGCGGGUCGUCUACCCAGGCUCGAGUUGGGUAGUUCCGUGCUCCAAGCAGAUUUCCGGACCUGCAGAAAGAGAAAGGAGAGCAGGGUGGUCACCAGCUUUCACAGGCAGGAAAGUGGCGGAGCCGUACAGGACCUGUUUCACUGCAGGGGGAUCCAAAACAAGCCCUGUGGAGCAGCAGCCAGAGCUACCGCAGCCGCAAGACACUGUUUCUCUCCCUCUGCCCCCCCUUCCCCACGCAACCCCAGAUCCAUUUACACUUUACAGAGGAUCCGGCUGCAAAUCACCGAGGUGUUCCAUUCAAGUUGCAGAUUUGUCUGUCGUCUUUGGACAGCAGUCUCCUCCUCCACGGCUGCCUCGGGGGAGCCCGACACCCAUCAGCAGUCUGGAGCAAAAUGAAAGAGCUGAUGUCGAGGCCUCCCAAGUAGUGCUGCUACAGACCAUGAACAAGAGAGAAGGAGGAGACGUCGGUCUGCACGAACGAUCCUCAAACGCAAAUGGUCUUGGGUCUAGGCUUUUCACAUUGACUUUCUCUACUGCCUCCCCUUCUGCUCAAGCAAAUUCUGUCUGAGAAGAUCUGAUGGGAAGGAACUGACUGCUUAGAAUUCUCCGUUGUGAUGAAAGCAUAUGGUACAGUUUUCCAAAGAAAUUAAUCCAUUUUCUGGGUGAAGAGAGACCAGACUGCUGUUUUCACAGGGUACUUCUCCCUUCUCUGUGAAAGGAAGAAAGAGCACACCUGGGCCCAGGAGCACUCCAGCUUCUUGUGGGAAGUCUCCAUGGUGAAGUGCAAGCCGGGGCUACCUGUGAACUGCACACAGUGAAUGUUAUUCCAGAGCAGCUGCUGGAGGAUCGCACCCACGGGGAGAUGAUUCCUCAUGAAGAGCCUGGAUCCCCUACAGAAAUCAAAUGUGACUUUCCGUUUAUCAGACUAAAACCAGAGCUAGUCCGACAGUGAAACGGUCACCGUGGAGGGGGGACGGCGAAAAAUGAAAUCCAACCAAGAGCGCAGCAACGAAUGCCUGCCUCCCAAGAAGCGUGAGAUCCCCGCCACCAGCCGGCCUUCCUCGGAGGACAAGGCGCUGCCCAGCGACAACCACCGCGCGGAGAACGCAGCAUGGCUCCCCGGCGCCCGGAGCCACGUGGGCGGGCGGCUGGGGCCGGCGGGGCCCCCGGCGGAGCUCGGUUUACAGCAGGGAAUAGGUUUACACAAAGCGCUGUCCACGGGGCUGGACUACUCCCCGCCCAGCGCGCCCCGGUCCGUCCCGGCGGUGGCGUCCACCACGACGAUGCCGGCUGCGUACCCGCCGCCCCCGCCGUCCGGGGCCCCCGUGUCCCCGGUGCAGUACGCCCACCUGCCACACACGUUACAGUUCAUCGGGUCUUCCCAGUACAGCGGGCCCUACGCCGGCUUCAUCCCUUCCCAGCUGAUCUCGCCCACGGCCAGCCCGGUCACCAGCGCGGUGGCCUCGGCCGUGGGCGCCGCCACGCCCGCCCAGCGCUCCCAGCUGGAGGCCUAUAGCAGUCUGCUGGCCGACAUGGGCGGGCUGAGCCGAGCCUCCGGACACAAAGCUGAGCCGCCGCCGCCGCCGCCGCCGCCGCCGCAGCACCUAGGCCGGACCGCGGGGCUCCUCCCCCCGGGGUCCCCACCGCCCCCGCAGCAGAGCCAGUACGUGCGCAUCUCCAGCUCGCCACAAAACGCCGCGCGCCCGGCCUCGCCGCCGGCCCUCCCCGUCCACCUGCACACGCACCCGACCAUGAUCCCGCACACGCUCACCCUGGGGCCCUCCCCGCAGGUGGUCGUGCAGUACACCGACUCCGGCAGCCACUUUGUCACCCGCGAGGCCACCAAGAAGGCGGAGAGCAGCCGGCUGCAGCAGGCCAUGCAGGCCAAGGAGAUGCUGAACGGGGAGGUGGAGAAGGGCCGCCGUUACGGGGCGCCCCCCGCGGCCGACCUGGGCCUGGUGAAGGCGGCCGGCAAGGCCGUGCCGCACCCGUACGAGUCCAGGCACGUGGUGGUCCACCCCGGCCCCGCCGACUACAGCGUCCGCGACGCGUCGGGGGUGCGGGCCUCGGUGAUGGUCCUGCCCAACAGCAGCACCCCCGCCGCCGACCUCGAGGGGCAGCAGGUCACCCACCGGGAGAACUCGCCGUCCGCCCUCAACGACAAGAGCAGCCUGCACUUGGGGAAGGCCGGGCACCGCUCCUACGCGCUGUCCCCGCAGCAGGCGCUGGGCCCCGAAGGCGUGAAGGCUGUCGCCACGCUGUCCCCGCACACGGUCAUCCAGACCACACACAGCGCCUCGGAGGCCCUCCCGGUUGGGCUGCCGGCCACGGCCUUCUACGCGGGCACGCAGCCGCCGGUCAUCGGCUACCUGAGCGGCCAGCAGCAAGCGAUCACCUACGCCGGCGGCCUGCCCCCGCACCUGGUCAUCCCGGGCACCCAGCCCCUGCUCAUCCCGGUGGGCAGCGCUGACCUGGAGGGGUCGGGCGCCGCCUCGGCCAUCGUCACGUCGUCACCCCAGUUUGCUGCAGUGCCUCACACGUUCGUCACCACUGCCCUGCCCAAGAGCGAGAACUUCGGCCCCGAGGCCCUGGUCACUCAGGCCGCCUACCCGGCCAUGGUGCAGGCCCAGAUCCACUUGCCCGUGGCGCAGUCCGUGGCCUCCCCCGCCGCCGCCGCGCCCCCCACGCUGCCGCCCUACUUCAUGAAAGGCUCCAUCAUCCAGUUGGCCAACGGGGAGCUGAAGAAAGUGGAGGACCUGAAGACGGAGGACUUCAUCCAGAGCGCGGAGAUCAGCACCGACCUGAAGAUCGACUCCAGCACGGUGGAGAGGAUCGCGGACAGCCACAGCCCCGGCGUCGCCGUGAUCCAGUUUGCCGUCGGGGAUCACCGAGCGCAGGUCAGCGUGGAAGUUUUGGUAGAGUAUCCUUUUUUUGUGUUCGGACAGGGCUGGUCAUCCUGUUGCCCAGAGAGGACCAGCCAGCUCUUUGAUUUGCCGUGUUCCAAACUCUCCGUCGGGGACGUUUGUAUCUCGCUCACCCUCAAGAACCUGAAGAACGGCUCUGUUAAAAAGGGCCAGCCCGUGGAUCCGGCCAGCGUCCUGCUGAAGCACUCAAAGGCCGACGGCCUCGCGGGCAGUAGACACAGGUAUGCCGAGCAGGAAAACGGGAUCAGUCAGGGAAGCGCCCAGAUGCUCUCUGAGAACGGCGAACUGAAGUUUCCCGAAAAAAUAGGAUUGCCGGCCGCACCCUUGCUCACCAAAAUAGAACCCAGCAAGCCCGCGGCCACGAGGAAGAGGAGGUGGUCAGCACCCGAGACCCGCAAACUGGAGAAGUCGGAAGACGAGCCACCUUUGACUCUUCCCAAGCCUUCUCUCAUUUCUCAGGAGGUUAAGAUUUGCAUCGAAGGCCGCUCUAACGUAGGCAAGUAGAAGCCGCGUGGGGAAGGGAAAGCUGGCCCUCCUUUAUCGUUUGUAUCCAGAUUACAGAUGUACUGUAGGCUAAAUAACUCAGUAUUUACAUGUUAUCCUCUUACUUUAGGGUUCUGUUAUAACCUUGUCAUUAGACUUACAGUGGGCGUUGGGCAGGUGAUUUGGUGCAUAUGCUUUUUCCGGGCAUGUCUCUCAGCGGGUGGGUAGGUGGGGUGCCAGGGUAGGUCCAGCCCAGGCUCCAGGCAGGUGGUGGGCAUCCUGGUUGAGAUGAAGGUGGCCCCAUGGCACCCGCCUUUUCUGGCAUUGUGGAUGCACCCACGGGGGCAACCGACUUCCACUGGCUUCAGAGGGGUGGUCUGCGGGAAGGGAGCUGCGUCAGGGGCGUGUGCGCGUGCCUGUGUGCCAGGGAGGGUGCCUGGGUGACACUUCCGUGAGGGUGUCUCUCUCUCUCUGCCUCCCUCUGUCUUGCUCUCGGCACCAGAUUGGAGGUCUGGGGGAAUGUCCUCAGGAGGUUCCCCUGUGCAGAGUCAGCAUCGGGGCCUCCGAGAGAGGUACCAGACAGCAGAUGGAAAGUUAACCGUGUAAAAGAACAUUUCCCCCUCCCCCCCAACUUACUUUACAAUAAAAGCAACUUUUAAUCGUAGAGAUAAAUAUAUAUAUAUAUAUAUAUAUAUAUAUAUUUCCCCCUAUGGGGCCUGACUGCACUGAUAUUUUUUUAAAGAGCAACUGCCACCCAUGGGAUUUCGUUUCUGCUUUACCAGUGCAGUAGUGAUGUCUCCAGGGCGUCGUGGUGGGCAGGCGGCCCCUGCUGGCAUCCUCCGCACUGGUUGGGGGGGGCGCUGGGCAGCAGGGGUGGGGAGAGUGAACACCCCCUCCGGUCUCUGUGCAGUGUUAGGAGAACCAAUCAGGUUAAUUGCAUUGACUUCGCUCCCAAGAGAUAAGACACAAACUGCCCUUCAAAAGAGCUGCAGAAGCUCUUUGUUUUGGGUUUGCAAAUCUUUUGUCUUUUAACUCUAGUACUGUUUAUAGUUCAUGACAAUGGACAACUCGGGUGCCACUUUUUUCAGAUUCCAGUGUGACGUGAGGAAUUAAGAUUUUGAAGAUAAGCAUAUAUAUUACUAUCUCUAAGUACUUAAAAUGCCGUUCACACUUUAUUACCAAGCAUCUUGGUCUCUCAUUCAGCAAGUACUGUAUCUCACUUUAAACUCUUUGGGAAGAAAAACAGAAAAGAAAAAAAAAAACUAAGUUGCUUUCUUUCUUUUUUUUUUUUUUUUUAAACACUGUAACUACAUUUCAGCUCUGCAGAGUCUCUCACGGAGCAAGAUGCUGAAAGUUUCAAAGUGGUUUCAAGGAAUGAAUGUGAAUUAUGAACUUGUAUGUGACAAUGAAUGACCACCAAGUACAGCCUGACAGGAGGCACUCUUCACUUUGAUGUCUCAGAAAGGAUUUAAAAAGCAUAUGCAGAGCUGGCAGAGGAACUGAGAGGGAAGGGAUGGGAAAAAAAAAAAGAAUACUCACUUUUGUCCAGUGUUUUUCUUUUUAAGACGAACUUUUAAAGAACCUUGCAAUUUGCACAUCUUGAGUUUAUAAAUUUGUGUGAUAUUCCUGCAGUUUUUAUUCAAUAACAUUGUGGGAAAGGCUUGGGGGACUGAACGAGCAUAAAUAAAUGUAGCAAAAUUACUUUCUAACCUGCCUAAACUCUAGGCCUUUUAUAAGAUUAUGUUCCUUUCAAGAUUCAUUUUUGGUCUUCUUACCGUAUCUGUCACAUAAAACCAGGUCUUAGCAGGACAACUCUGAGAAUUUUCUUCAGAUUCAUUGAGAGAGUUUUCCAUGAAGACAUUUAUAUAUGUGAGCAAGUUUGUUUUUUUUUUUUUUUCCUAAGAAAACAAUUAUUAUUGUUGUUAUUAAUGUUAUUUUCAAAAUGACUUUCUUUUUCCAUCUGAAAUCAAGAUUUAAUGUUUGGUACAAACCCAGAAAGGGUCUUUUACAUUUGAGACCUUUUAUCCCCAGAGAUCUGAAAUACUGUUUGUGGGUUUUGAGUGUGCAUUUUCAAGUGCUUAAAAGUUUUAUAAAGAGAGAGAAAUUUUUAAAUAUUCUUACUUGGAAUGGCUGCGACGAAUCUGAACAAAUACCUGAUUUUUCUUUUACCAUUGAAAAUAGUACUUUUUCCAUCUCACAGAUUUUUAAAAAAUUAUUGUCAGCCCACAUUCUGGCUUUCCAGUAUUCCUUCACAUUUAGCUCUCAGCAGAACUGAUGAUUUUUAGAAACCAUUUCUGGGGUGUACCAAAAACAUUGGAAUAGGUUUUGAACUGCUAGAUCCAGUCCUUGACUUUCUUCGGUUUUCAUUACCCUCUCAGCAUGCUAGCAGAGAGCUGAGUGAGUCCAUUCUUGCAGUCAUAUUGCUUAUUUAGUGCUGUAUUUUUUUUAAACGUCUCUGUUCAGAGGACUUGCUUAAUCUUCCAUAUAUUCUGCUCAGGGCACUUGCAAUUAGGUUUUGUUUUUCUUUUUUUGUUUUGACGGUAAGAGGAAUACGGGGCUGCCAUACAGACUGUCCUCAUCAGUACCACUAACGACAGUGAUUCACCUGGACUCAGAGAAACACCCACCACCUUUUGGCUUCUUUUGAGUAUUGAACUAACCGGAUCCACACCUCCAACACUAAAACGGGAAAACAUGCGUGGUUUGGAGCAAUAGGAACAUCAUCAUUGUUUUUCGUGCUUCUGUUUCAGGUAUAGGAAUUAUCGAAGAAUCGGUUCUUUCUAAACAUUGUCCCAUUUACCUUCUUGCUUCUUUAGCGUGUGCAAUACUUUCCGUGCCAAUAGAGUCUGAUCAGUGUGCGCUCUAGAGAAAGUGUAGGUAGGCCCCUCUUGGCUUUUUCCUUAUUCUCUCCAUCCUUUUCCUGUGCCGGCCAGAGAAGGGCUGGAAGGAAGGAGCCAGGAAGGGGAGAGCCUCCUGCUGGGCGAUCGCCCUGCUCCGGGAAGCCAAGGCCCCUGGGGCAGGGAGCUCUGGGGGGAGCCCCGCCUUUCCCCCGCCCUGUUGUGGAAAAGAGUAAAGGAGAUGGAGGGGAAGAACGCGCUUUUCCCCUCCUCACCGCGAGGAACAGUGGCGCGCAGACGGGAAGGAGGCAGACCCAUUUCUAAGGCGCACUCUGGAGCAAUCGAGCCAGGAUCAGCCCCUGUUCCACGGUCCUUUCCUCGAGUAGGUGGGCCCCCCGCUCAGGCCUGUGUCCUGGAGACUUGGAGCCGCGCCUCCUCCGAGCCUGGGCGGGAAGCGUGGUCCACCGCGUGCGCGCCUUCCGAGCCUCCGGCGCAGGUGGCUGCGGAGGGGCCGGGCCUCCUGCGGACAAUGCCCACCGCCCCUCUGUGGCAGCUCUCGCCUCCAAAUAGGAAGGCCAUCCGGAGGACAGGGGCCCUCCUCUCGUUGGCAUACGUGGGCAAGCCCCGGGGCCCCCAGAGCAGCCCAGUCACCGCGCCCGCGUAGCCCACCUAGCAGUGCCGGGUGUAGAAACCCUCCCGAGCCGCGCAGCUUGCGAGGAGCAGCCAUGUGCCUCUGUACUGUGUCCACUUUGCAAUAUUUACCUAACCCAUCUUUUGUUCUUACCCAUUUUCCAUUUUUAAACUAGUAACAGCAGGCCUUUUGCGUUUACAGUGGAACACAAUCACCAAAUUAGUCAGGGCGAAAAGAAAAAAAAAAAAAUUCACCAACAAACAAGGACCUCUCUUUCUAGGGAUUUCUAAAUAUAUAAAAUGACUGUUCCUUAGGAUGUUUCAACUUCAGAAUUAUUUCAGUUUGGGCCACACUGGGGGCGGGGCAGGGCGGCUAGAGAGAUGGAUACCACUUACCUCAAAUCUUUUCAAGUGGAAAUCCAAAAUUGCUUUUUUCAUUUGGACGUUCAGGAUGAUUUUCUAUGUCGGUCAAUUUUGUGUCUUCUCCAACUCACCCCCGUUUGUUUUGGGAGGAAUGUUUUUUUUUUCCCCCAUUGCUGUCCUCAGUCCCAUUUCUCACCCUGAAUCAUGACCCUGUGUGUGUCCUGUUAGGGUUUUCUCGCCCACCGGGAAAUGGCAGCACUCCUCCUCCCCCCAAGGAACUCUGCAGAACCUUUCACACCUCUAACUCAGGGACGGGGCUGGCGUGUGUGUGGUACACUGACGUGUCCAGAAGCAGCACUUUGACUGUUCUGGGAGUAGGGUUGUACAACUUCAAGGAAUGUUUGGAUUUCCUGCAUCUUGUGGAUUUCUCCUUAGAUACCACAUAGAUCGCAAUAUAAUGCUGCAUGUUCAAGACGAACAGUAGCUCCUAGAAAUCAUAAAAUCCACUCUUUGCACAUAGUUCGAUCUUUACUGAAAUAUGUUGCCAAAAUUUAUUUUUGUUGUAUAGCUUUGGAAUUUUUUUUUUUUUUAAGGAAACAAUUGACAAUACCCCUUAACAUCUGUGACUACUAAGGAAACCUGUUUCUUUCAUGGAGAAAAAAAAUCUCAAGUGCUUUUGAAGACACUAAAUGCCAUGCUAUUUCAGAUCUGGGUGAAGAAGCAGAGCUCUGAGGACAGAAGGCCAGGCUUUUUGAGCUGUGUUGGUUGUCAUGGCUACUGUUUGAUGAACUGUAAGCAGCUCGACAAACCGUGGUCCGUUUCCUCCUAAAACCCUUUGCACGUCCUAUCUCCUAGUCACCCAUGAUAAUCCCAGGUGAAAAAAGGGCCAGCAGUCUCCAUGGUCCAAUCCUGCUUCUUCAGGGUGAUGUGAAAGCAAGGGGAAUUACACUGUGUGGCUUUUCAAGUGAAGCAGAAGUCUUUGCUUCCACCUUUGUUUUCAACCCAGAAUUUCUGAAAUAGAAAAUUUAAGAACACAUCCAGUAAUAACUAUACAGAGAACAUACUUUUCUAUAAAGCACAUGCCUAUGCCAUUGUGUUACAUUGGUUUCCUCUUUUUUUUCUCCACGGACAGUGUUGUGUUUCUGUUGAUAGGGGAACUCCAAACUGUUUGCACACCUCUACUCCGGAGCUAAGAUUUCUUUUACAUAGAUGACCUCGCUUCAAAUAAGUUACCUUAAUGAUAGGAUCUUUUCUUGUAGCACUAUACCUUGUGGGAAUUUUUUUUUUUUAAUGUACACCUAAUUUGAGAAGCUGAAGAAAAAAAAACUUUGAAGCACUCACUUUGAGGAGUACAGGUAAUGUUUUAAAAAAUUGCACAAAAGAAAAAUGAAUGUCAAAAUGAUUCAUUCAGUGUUUGAAAGAUAUGGAUCUGUUGAAACAAUGAGUUUCAUACCUUGUUUGUAAAAAAAAAAAAAAAGCAUAAAGGUUGAAAGUUACAUGUUUUUUUGUAUAUAGAAAUAUGUCAUGUCUAAAUGAUCAGAUUUGUAUGGUUAUGGCCUGAAAGAAUUACUACUUAAAAGGCUCUUCAACUAUACCUAUGCUUCCUCUAGGUUUUUGUUACAUAGAACCCUCUUCUGAGGGAGAGUAAUUCUGUAUUUUGCAAUUAGAGAAUACUGUUCAUUCCUAUGCCGAAAGUACUUCUCUGAGCUCCCUUCUUAGUUUAAACUCUUAAGCCAUUGCAACUCCUUUUUCUCCAGAGAUGAUGUUUGACAUUUUCAGCACUUCCUGUUCCAGUAAACCCAAAGAAUAUAAUUCUGAACAAGAAGUGUUUGUAACAAGGGAUCCUGGCUACCAAGAAAAUGGGACUCAUCACGAGGACACACACACACAAAAAUGUUCAGCCUUCUCUCCCCCCCCGACACCUCAUUUCAAUGGCGGGGGGUGGGGGGGGUUAAACAAGAAUUUCAGUUGAGAUGCCUCGUUUCACAUUGGUUUUAUUUUGACUUUUUUUUUUCUUUACUAUUAAGAGGCCAAAAUUAAUGUGGAGCAACUUCUCAGAAGUCAUAUUCUGUCCAGAAAUCAAGCCAGCCAGCAGAAACUGGACAGCUGGCAGGGGAGGGGCAGGAUGUUGAGCAGAUCCCCCCUCCAAUUCUUAAAAUUCAGAAUCUGAGCCCCUCCCUUACAUUACACUCGAUGUUUCUGGUAGCUGACAUUCACCUGUACGAUGGCGGGAGGGAACUGCGGCUUCAGUUUCUCAUGUCCUCACGACUUGCAUACAAAUGGUUCAGCUGUAUUAAAAUUAAGUGCUUUUGGCCAAUAGGUAGUAGCUCUCCAGUAACCGUCUCUUAAGGAUUUCCGUCACUUUUCUUAUCUGAAAGGACUCCAGUCUUCCACUGCAGAUAAUUGGAGACUUCACCCAAGUUUUCUUUCCCUUUAGUUUGUUCGUUUGCUGUCUGGGAUGGCCGAUGAGCCAGUCUCCUUUUCCAUGGCCAGUCUGAAGGCCCCCUUUGGAAGUGCUGUUUACAGUCAUCCUUGCCGAGGUAACAGUAACUGUCCUCUGGAAUAAAUGGCAAGUCUGAACGGUUACCAAGCUGGGUGUGUAGGUUUUCUCUGGUUCCUAACUCGAACCGCCUACUCUUCAAUUAAUCCAGUUCAGGAGUGGGGUGAAUUUCUUUAUUGUCAGUGAACGUUAAACUUGAUACCUGUGUGCAUCAGUUCUGUGAAUACUGCCCUUUUGGCCUUUUAGGGGAGGUUUUUUUUUUUUCCUCCUCAGCCUUCACUGUUCCCUGUAUACCCAAAUGAGUGUCAGCUGAAAGGCUCCAGCAGAGCCCUGCCAGGAUUUUCUGGUGGCCUUUGGUUAAGACAAGAGUCCUAAUUUCUAGCCAGUGGGGUCCUGGCCCCGGGGUCAUCUCUGAGAGUCACACUGAUGUUGUUUUUCUAAUAUCAGCUCACGACCUACCAACCUUCCAAUCGUACGCCUCCCACCGGCCAAGGAAAAAGAGACACCAGAACUUUGAGGGCACUAUCAGACUGACAUGGCCAGUACAGAGGAGAACUAGGGAAGGGAUGAUGAUUUGCACCUUAUUGAAAAGAAAAAUUUAAGUGCAUACAUAGUUAAGAGCUUUUAUUGUGACAGGAGAACUUUUUUCCAUAUGCGUGCAUACUCUCUGUAAUUCCAGUGUAAAAUAUUGUACUUGCACUAGCUUUUUUAAAACAAAUAUUAAAAAAAAAAUGGAAGAAUUCCUAUUCUAUUUUCUAAUCGUGGUGUGUCUAUUUGUAGGAUACACUCGAGUCUGUUUAUUGAAUUUUAUGGUCCCUUUCUUUGAUGGUGCUUGCAGGUUUUCUAGGUAGAAAUUAUUUCAUUAUUAUAAUAAAACAAUGUUUGAUUCAAAAUUUGAACAAAAUUGUUUUAAAUAAAUUGUCUGUAAACCAGUACAAGUUUAUUGUUUCAGUAUACUCGUACUAAUAAAAUAACCGUGCCAAUUGCAAA